GAACACGGUCCCUAUGGGUAUGAGCCCAUCCUCUGGCUUCCCAUCCUCUUCUCAGGCCUCUACGCCCUAUCUGCACUCCUCCACGUAGCACAAGUGAGCUCAACACGACACUGGUGGCUGCUCGUCCUCGUCUUUGGGUGUAUCGCCGAGUCCGCCGGCAACGGGAUCAGGAUCUACGGACAUUUCGACGCGAGAGCGAUUGACCCGUACAUCGCCCAGCAGGUGAUUCUGGUCGUCACGCCCGUCUUCUUCGCGGCGGUGCACUUCGCCACGCUGGGUCGGAUCAUUGAGCUUUUCGGCCAGGCAUUCACUUUCAGAUAUCUGAGCCCCGCAGCCAUCACGCCAUGCUUCGUGCUGCUAGACUUGGCGUCCCUGGCAGUUCAAGGGACAGGUUCGGGAAUGGCGGCCACUGCCGAGGUCAACGGCAAGGACACGACAUGGGGUGGCCGUAUCGUCGUGAUAGGGCUGUGCGUCCAGCUGGUCGGGUACGCCUGCUUCAACUGGCUCCUCCUCACCUUCGUUUGGCGCGCCGUCGUCACCCACCACUCUACCGUCUCCUCUAACCGCCUCUGGACGGGCAAGUUCAAGUUCUUCUUGCUCACCUUCUUCCUCUCGAGUCUGCUGGUACUGGGCCGUUCUACGUUCCGCACGUACGAGAUGAUCAAGGGAUGGGUGGGACCGAUCAGCACUGUCGAGUGGUAUUUCUACGCCUUCGAUGCCGCCCCGGUCUGCGCUGCUUCGCUGUUGCUCAACCUCAUGUUCCCCGGUUGGGUGCUGCCU